UCAUUUCUGAAAGCAUACCCUGCUUUCAAAGAACCAGGUAAGCCAGAAUUAAUGAACAUCCGGUUUGACUUAGUCUCGUCAGCGAGAAUGAGAUACAAACCCUAUUUGUUGAUUGACUUCCUGGACGAUGGUUAUGCUGAAAUCGAAGUUACCUGUGCGGAUACCCCCUGGUGUGAAUUUUGUAGAAGAUAUUUUCACAAAUCAGCUGAUUGCCCUUCGAAACGACAAACGAGCUCUUCGAAACCGAACAGACCAAAUAAGGAUUUGCCCCAUAACAAGAGUAAGCGGUCUGAAAAAGCCAAAAAAAGCCAAAACCUCGAGAAGGAGAAUAGGGGUAGGAAAUCUCAGGGGGAGAAAAGUCGACAUGAAAAGGAGAAGGGCAAGGUUCGGGACAAAGAAGCUGAGAAGAGCAACCAGCCACAGCCUCUAACCUCACGUGAUCAGGGAGGAGGUAAGGCUAUCGUGGUAUGGAAAAAAAAGGCCCCGAACCCCCCAGCUCCCAGUGAUGUUCGUCCACCCCCCCAAGAGGAGACACAGGGUGUAAUUGCAGGGGCAAAAGCAAGGGGAAAACCCCCCCUAGGCGACGAUCCUCAACAAAAAGGAGAAAAGGGGGAUAAGGAUGUGGAAAUGACUAGUGAUGGAGAGGACAAGGGAAACGAUGACUCCAAGGAUAUGGAGGAUUCUGAAGAAGAAGAGCUUGAGAACGAGGAGGAGGAGGAGGAGGAGGAAGAGGAGGAGGAUGAAGAGGAAGAGGAGGAGGAGGAAGAAGAUGAAGACGAUGAAGAAGGAAAGGAUGACAAGGGUGAAGGAGACGAUGAGGAGGAAAAAGAGGAGAAAGAGGAAGGAGAGUGGAAGACCGAUGAGAGGAUGAUUGAAGAGGAGGGAGGUGGUAAGGAAGUCAUCGAGAGUGUCGAAAAAGGGGUGGAAGAGGAAGGAGAGGUCGGGUCAGGGGUCAGAAGGGAAGCAGGGCAAGAGGUAGAAGAGACGGAGAAGAAGGGAAGAAAGGAGCUGGUAGAGGGAAAAGAAAGCAGUGGUAAUGGUGAUUCUGAGGAAAAAGGUUCAGCAGAGGCUGAGGUACCGCAUGAGGUGGGGGAGGUUGAACUUCAGAAAGAGGGGCGGGAAGCUAACACCCCUCCGCACAGGGGUUCAGGUCCUCAACCACUGGACAACUUCAUGGUCUACAACAAUAACUCGUAUAUUUCGGACGAUGAAGACCAUUCGGACAGACCCGGACCUGAAAUGGAAAAAAAUGUUGAGGGCAGCACAUGGAAGUUAGCUGAUAUUUUUCCCUUUCAGAAGGUGGGUAGUCAACAGUUACUGGGUGAAAUAGGUUUAGUCCAGGUUAAGCAUCUGUGGGAUGAGGACAACCAAUCGUGGCAUUCCUAUGAAGACAUUAGAAAGAGACUCCCUCGACUACAGGCGGUGCAGGAUAAUCUGUCUGCAAUACUGGAGGCAAUUCCCAGUCAAUGGGAGGGUUGAAACGCGAAGCAGAACACGGUCAGGACACCUGGCUAGUUGACGCAUCAGCACCGAGACUGGAGGAGGUAGUGAAGGUGCUGGGCCCAGACCUCCAUCAAGGAAUGAAAGUGGAAAGCUGGGUGGUGGGUAGAGAAGGGAAAAAAGGGAGGGAAGUAUCGUUCGUAAAGGAGAUGUCCAUCCAGUCGACAAAACACUUAACAGAAGUAAAAGUCUGGGAGAAUG